ACACAGGAGUCUAGAGAACCUUUCUUGACCAUGCAGGGUUCCAAGGGAGUCGAGAACCCGGCAUUCGUCCCUUCCAGCCCAGACACCCCACGCCGUGCGUCUGUGUCGCCUUCCCAGGUGGAGGUCUCUGCUGUGGCCUCCAGGAAUCAGAAUGGGGGUUCGCAACCUCGGGAAUCUGAAGAGCCCCAGAAGUCAACUGAGCCAUCUCCUCCUUCUUCGACUCUCCCAGCUUCUGAUGAGCCGCCGGGGUCACAGCUAAGCGAGCUUGAGGAGGGACCUUGCGGGUGGAGGAACUUGCACCCCCAGUGUCUUCAGCGCUGCAACAACCCCAAAGGCUUUCUGCUUCACUACUGUCUCUUAGCCCUAACGCAAGGUAUUGUAGUAAACGGCCUAGUAAAUAUUAGCAUUUCCACCAUCGAGAAGCGCUAUGAAAUGAAGAGUUCCCUGACCGGCCUGAUAUCAUCGAGCUACGACAUCUCCUUUUGCGUGUUGUCUCUGUUUGUGUCUUUCUUUGGUGAGAGAGGACACAAACCUCGCUGGCUCGCCUUUGCAUCCUUUAUGAUCGGACUGGGAGCGCUGGUGUUUUCUUUACCACACUUCUUCAGUGGGAGAUACGAACUGGGAACCAUUUUCGAAGAUACCUGCUUAACAAGGAACAGCACCAGAUGUGCUUCUUCAACCUCUCUGCUUUCUAACUACUUCUAUGUCUUUGUCCUGGGACAACUGCUGCUGGGGACUGGAGGAACUCCGCUCUACACCCUGGGCACGGCCUUCAUUGAUGAUUCUGUGCCCACACACAAAUCUUCUCUAUAUAUCGGUAUUGGCUAUUCUAUGUCAAUCCUAGGCCCAGCCAUUGGCUAUGUGUUGGGAGGACAGCUGUUGACAAUGUACAUUGAUGUUGCUAUGGGACAAAGUUCAGAUCUGACUGAGGAUGAUCCCCGGUGGUUGGGGGCUUGGUGGAUUGGAUUCCUUUUAGCUUGGCUCUUUGCUUGGUCUUUGAUAAUGCCUUUCUCCUGUUUUCCAAAGCAUUUACCAGGGACAGCAAAAAUUCAAGCUGGCAAAACUUCCCAGACUCAUCAAAAUAAUAGUACUUCCUUCCAACAUAUGGAUGAAAAUUUUGGGAAAAGUAUUAAAGAUUUUCCAACUGCUGUAAAGAAUUUGAUGAGGAAUACAGUCUUUAUAUGUUUAGUUCUAUCAACUACUUCUGAAGCAUUAGUUACCACGGGAUUUGCCACGUUUUUACCUAAAUUUAUAGAAAAUCAAUUUGGAUUGACAUCGAGCUUUGCGGCGACACUUGGAGGGGCUGUUUUAAUUCCUGGAGCUGCUCUUGGUCAAAUCUUAGGUGGUGUUCUUGUUUCAAAAUUCAAAAUGAAGUGUAAAAAUACAAUGAAGUUUGCGUUAUGUACAUCUGGAGUAGCACUUAUGCUGAGUUUUGUAUUUAUUUAUGCAAAAUGUGAAAAUGGGCCAUUUGCUGGUGUGUCUGAAUCAUAUAAUGGAACAGGAGAGAUGGGGAAUCUGACUGCACCUUGCAAUGCUAAUUGCAAUUGUUUGAGAUCCUAUUAUUACCCGCUCUGUGGAAGUGAUGGAGUCCAGUAUUUUUCUCCCUGCUUUGCAGGUUGUUUAAACUCAGUUUCAAACAGGAAACCAAAGGUAUAUUAUAAUUGUUCCUGUAUUGAAAGGAAAGUUGACAUCACUUCUACUGCAGAAAGCCCUGAUUUUGAAGCAAGAGCUGGAAAAUGUAAAACUCAGUGUUCAAACCUGCCCAUAUUUCUCGGCAUCUUCUUCAUCACUGUGAUUUUUACCUUUAUGGCAGGUACCCCCAUAACUGUGUCCAUAUUAAGGUGUGUCAAUCACAGACAGCGAUCUCUAGCACUGGGAGUGCAGUUCAUGCUUCUUCGGUUGUUAGGCACGAUACCUGGGCCAAUUAUAUUUGGCGUCACAAUAGACAGCACGUGUGUUCUGUGGGACAUCAAUGAAUGUGGAACAAAGGGGGCGUGUUGGAUCUAUGAUAACAUCAGGAUGGCGCAUAUGCUGGUGGCUAUAAGUGUUACUUGUAAAGUCAUCACCAUAUUCUUCAACGGACUUGCGAUAGUUCUCUAUAAACCACCGCCCCCAGGAACAGAGGUAUCAUUUCAAAGUCAGAAUGUAGUUGUGUCUACGAUUACAGUGGAAGAGGAUCUCAACAAAAUAGAAAAUGAAGGAUGAGAAAGAAGAGGAUACUGUUAUAGAAAAGUGGCUCCUUCCUGUCAGAACAAACUGUGCCAAGGCACCAUUGUCUUGUCUGCGUACACCAUGGCUUAAAACCCAUGUUUCAGUGGUCACUGUCUAUGUACAGAUUCCUAUUUUUGUUAAAGUGAAAAACAAGAAACAAACUCAGAACACAACAGGCCCACGCCUUUAAAGUUCACCAAAAGCCUCAAACCAUAUAGAUUCUUAUUUAUUUCCAUUUUCUACCUAUAAAAUCACCAUGGGGUAAACAGAACAAUGGCCAACAAAACAUAGUUAAAAGUUUAUGCUUUAAACACAGCU